GGUUGGGCUGGGGCGGUCCGCCGGGAUAUGGCCCGGGGUCUGAGCCUGGCUGCAGGCCCCCCUGCGGUGCCGCCGGUCCCCCCCGCAGUGCGGCUGCUGCUGGUUCACCUCCCCGCUCUCCCCGCCCAGCGGCGCAGACCCCUCCCGCUGAGCUGACCAGUUGGUUUCCUGGUCCAUACUGGAUGCUCUGUUGUCUCGAUUCUGGCCCCCACUUUGAAUGAAGUGAAUGAAGCCUUUGAAUGAAGGCUGAGUCUGCUGAGACUAAGUUGGCUCAAAGGGCUGUUAAAUUUGAAGGCCCUGCCCCAAAAGAAGGCUCCGCAGGCAUCUGGGAAUGAACUUUACAGAAAAGGAGAUUUUUACAAGGUUUUUUAUACUGUUUCCACACAGCCAGCCCCCUUCCCAGGCAGCAACGGGACAGACGUGUGUCCCUGGAUUCUUGUCCCUGCUGGGCUCAGCCUGAAGAAGACCUGGAGCCGACUCCAGCAGGGGGCCUGAGGGUAUGGCCCCCGGAACCUGCAGACCCCCCUGGCAGGAGUCCCUGACAUUCAAGGAUGUGGCUGUGGACUUCACCCAGGAGGAGUGGAGCCUCUUGGACCAUUCUCAGAAAGAGCUCUACAAGCAAGUCAUGCUGGAAAACUCCCAGAACCUGCUCUUCCUGGGAAUCCCAAUUCUCAAAGAAGAUUUGCUCUCCCGUUCUGAGGACAAGGAUUCAUCGCGGAUCUUGGAUCCAAAAGGCCCAAGAAAUUCGUGUCUGGAUGCAGAGACCAAAUUUGAAGUGAAUGAGACUACUUUAAAGCUGAGCAUUUUUGUGAAAAAAUCUCAUCAGCAAAGAUGGAUGAGCAACGGUCCCUGUGACUUCAGUUUGAGAGAAAUCUGUGACUCAGAUAUCAAGAGAGAAAAAAAUCUAAAUAAUCACUGUCAAUUUGAUAAAGAUAUAAAAGGUUUCUGGCAACAUCCAGGCUUAAUUCAAUGUAAGAAAAUGACCUCAGGAAAUGAUUGCUUUCAGUAUAAUAAAGAUAGGGAAUGCUUUACUAAAACAGAUGAACCUAUGCAGUGUUCUGAGAAGCCUCAUGAAAUGCAAAUGUAUCAAGGUAAUCAAUGGGAAAUGGCCUUCAGCUUGAGUUCAGACAUCAUUAGACAUCAGAAAAGUUAUACUGGAGAAAUGCUUUAUAUAGGAAAUGAAAAUAGGAAGACCUUCAGCCAGAACUCAAAGCUUAUUGACUAUCAGAAAAUUCACACUGCAGAGAAACCUUAUGAAUGUAAUCUCUGUGGACAGACUUUCACAAAUAGGUCCUGUCUUUGUAUACAUCAGAGAAUCCACAGUGGAGAGAAACCAUAUAAAUGUGAUCAAUGUGGAAAGGCUUUCACACAAAACAACAAUCUUUUGACACAUCAGAAAAUCCACAGCGGAGAAAAACCUUAUGAAUGUAAUCAAUGUGGAAAGACUUUCACGCAAAACAACAAUCUUUUGACACAUCAGAAAAUUCACAGUGGAGAGAAACCUUAUGAAUGUAAUCAAUGUGGAAAGACUUUCAGAACAAAAUCCACUCUGGCUAUUCAUCAAAGGAUCCACACUGGAGAAAAACCUUAUCUAUGUAACCAAUGUGGAAAGACUUUUAGACAGAAAUCCACUCUUUAUCUUCAUCAGAGAACCCAUAUGGGGGAGAAAACUUAUGAUUGUAAUCAAUGUGGAAAGACUUUCACAACAAGGUCCACUCUUUAUUAUCAUCAGAGAAUACACACUGGAGAGAAAACUUAUGCUUGUAAUCAGUGUGGAAAGACAUUCACAAAAAAGUCCACUCUUGCUUUGCAUCAGAAAAUCCACACUGGAGAGAAACCUUUUGAAUGUAAUCAGUGUGGAAAGGCUUUAGCUUAUAGGGCCCAUCUUAUUAACCAUCUGAGGAUCCAUACUAGAGAGAAACCUUAUAAAUGUAAUCAGUGUGGAAAGGCUUUCCGACAGAACUCUGGGCUUGCUGUACAUCAGAGAAUCCACACUGGAGAGAAACCUUAUAUAUGUAAUCAGUGUGGAAAGGCUUUCACCCAAAAUUCCAAUCUUUUGAUACAUCAGAGAAUCCACACUGGCGAGAAACCUUAUGAAUGUAAUCUGUGUGGUAAAGUUUUCACCCAGAAUGCCAAUCUUUUAACACAUAAGAAAAUCCACAAUGGAGAGAAACCUUAUAAGUGUAAUCAAUGUGGAAAGACUUUCAGUGUGAAAUAUAGUCUUCAUGAACAUCACAGAAUUCAUACUGGAGAGAAACCUUAUAAAUGUAAUCAGUGUGGAAAGACUUUCACAAAAAGGUCCACUCUUGCUAGCCAUUUAAGAAUCCACACUAGAUAAAACUUUAUAUGAAUGCAGUCGAUGUGGAAAGACUUUCAGAUAGAAGUCCACUCCUUAUUUACACCAGAGAAUCCACAUUGAAUGGAAAAAAUAUGAUUGUGAUUGAUGUGAAAAGUUUUCACAAAAAAGUCUACUCUUCCUAGACAUCAGAGAAUCCACACUAAGAAAAAAAAACUUUUUUAAUGUAAUCAAUGAAUAGACUUUCCAAAAAGAAAUUCAAUCUUUUUGUAUGUCAGAGAUGUCACAUUGGAGAGAAAUCUUAGCCUUCAAGGAGCAAACAUCCCUUAUUUUCCCAGCAGAGAAUUCCUAGUAGAUAGAAAUUAUAUCACUGUAAUGAAUGAGGAAGGAUAUUCAAAUGGAGUACAGAGCUUGUUCAAUAGCAGAUCAUUCAUUUUACAGAGAAGGGUUAUAUGGACUCAAUAGGGGAAGCCAUCUCUUACUUUCCAUCAAAGGAUUCCUAUUGGAAAGCCUUAUAAAUUUGCUCAUUGGGGGUAUAUAUUCCUCUGGUAGAUGGAGAUGACUAGACAGCAAGGUAGAAAAAAAGGCCAGUAAGAGAAAUGCCUUUUUACAAUGUCAAAGUCUUUAUGUAAAGUUCAUAAAUUGGGGAAAUCAUGCUGGAGAUGAAACUUAUGGAGCUAAAUAAUGAGUAACAGCCUCUUGUUGCAAUAUAAUCUUUGGUAGACAUCUCAGAUUUCAUACUGUUCAACAAGUGUUAUAAAUACAAUAAAUUUUUCUUGGUAA